AGCAGAGGGGGGAGAGCCAAGGGGACAGAAGACAGGAAAAUCUGUGAGUUACAGAGGCACCUAGCAAGGAUGGGGACGGAAUGGCACAAACCCAAGCUGUCCUUGGCCCUGGUGCUUCUGACCCUGGAGGCUGGGUGGGCUCAAGAAGGGUCAGAGCCUGUCCUACUGGAGGGGGAGUGCCUGGUGGUCUGUGAGCCAGGCCGACCUACUGCAGGAGGACCUGGGGGUGCAGCCCUGGGAGAGGCACCCCCAGGACGAGUGGCGUUUGCUGCAGUCCGAAGCCAUCACCAUGAACCAGCAGGAGAAACCGGCAACGGUACCAGUGGUGCCAUCUACUUCGACCAGGUACUGGUCAAUGAGGGCGAGGGCUUUGAUCGGACCUCGGGCUGCUUCGUGGCCCCUGUCCGUGGAGUCUACAGCUUCCGAUUCCACGUGGUCAAGGUGUACAACCGCCAAACUGUCCAGGUGAGUCUGAUGCUGAACACAUGGCCGGUCAUCUCAGCCUUUGCAAAUGACCCUGAUGUGACCCGAGAGGCAGCCACAAGCUCUGUGCUGCUUCCCCUGGACCCGGGGGACCGUGUGUCCCUGCGCCUGCGUCGGGGGAAUCUUCUGGGUGGCUGGAAGUAUUCGAGCUUCUCAGGCUUCCUCAUCUUCCCACUCUGAGGACCCAAGCCUUUAAACGGAGAUGUCUAGCAUCUUUCUGCCCUUCCCUGCCCCAGAAACAAAGUAUCUUUGGAGCAAGAGAAAGGCCCCCUCCAGGCUGCCUACGGCCCACCUCCUUGCAUGAGAUCAUAGUUAAACACCCAAGGCUAGGAGCAGAGCAGAGCUACGGAACCUCUAGACAAAACGCCUCACUCAGGUCGCCCUCCCAGUCUCCUGCUGCCCCUCCUGCCCCUCCGCAGCUCCAGUUUAAGGCAGGGUUUGCUAAGAGGGAAGCUUGCACUUCUUCACAGACUCCACUCCUCCUGUUCUCCACCCCAGCUUCCUGCUCAGCGCUAUUUGGUGACAGGUGGCGCAGGUAAGCUUGACAGGCUCCCACAGGGGCCCAGAUGGACCAGCCUCAUAGUACCUGCGGGCUCCAUCCUGUGAGGAAUGCCAGCAAUGAGAGCUCUCGGCCAGCACCCUGUGAACAGGGCUGACAGCUCAACCACAAAAAAGCAGUGUGGGGAAGGCCACAGAGCAUCCGUAGCUGGAGAGACAGGAUGGGGCCAUGUGCCUACCCUGAACAUGUAAACAUUCUGCAGGUAAACUGGGACAGUCAGAAGGCAGGAAUCCUGCCGUCCAUCUGUGCCAGGUCCCAAUGGACUCUGGCCCUCAUUGCCUGACCAGAGGCUUGGGUGUGUGUGUGUGUGUGUUUGCUCUGGCUAAUAGGGGAAACUAGAGCAGGUAUACAGACCUGGAGGCAGAGUCAAAGGUCACGAAUGAGUCAUCAGUAACCACAUGUCCUCUCCCUCAGCCACCUCCUAGAACUGCCCCACCUUGGAAAUCUGAAUUUCAGUCACUCCCUACUCUUGAUCGACAUGUAGUUCCUCCAGCUGUCUCCCAGCUAAUUUCCCUGUAGUCUGCUCCCCCCCCCAAACGCAUCGUUCUUCCUCUACUUCUACUACUGUCUUACUCUUCUUUUAAGGUCUCCUGUUACCUGGGAGUCCAUGACUCAUCUCCCCCAACUAGUAUCCCACCAACAUCAGAAACUCUUUUUACCCAGUUGUCCCAAUGGUCCAGCAUGAACGGACCUACCUAGAACAACUGGGGAGCUGCGGCUGUUAAAACAGUGACUUGUCCUGUUCGUGAGGGUGUGAAACAGGGACUGCAGGACUACAGCAUGCUGAAGAGAAAUAAAUUCAAAGCUGGGCAUAGCAGUCAACGUUUUUAAAGUGCUAUAAUAUAAAGUACUCGUGCUAAAUAAAUACCAGGGCAAGUUUGUGGUUUUUUGUUUUGGUUUGGUUUUUGGUUUUUUGAGACAGGGUUUCUCUGUAUAGCCCUGGCUGUCCUGGAACUCACUUUGUAGACCAAGCUGGCCUCGAACUCAGAAAUCCGCCUGCCUCUGCCUCCUGAGUGCUGGGAUUAAAGGCGUGUGCCACCACACCCGGCAAGUUUAUGGUUUUAAAAUAAAAAUCUAGGUGUUCAUUCAGGAGACAGAGGCAGGUGGAUCUCUGUGAGUUUCAGGCAAGCCAUAGUAAAACCUGUCCAAAAGAAAGACAGAGAGACAGAGACAGAACAAAGAAAGAAAUAAGGAUGGAGGUGUCACUCAGAGGCAGACGCUAAUACGCAUGAAGCACUGGGUUUGAACCCCAGCACUGGGGUAGGCGGGUAGGGAGUAGACAAGAGGGGGAGGGGCAGCACUUUCCUUCAGCAUUUGUCCUUACUUUGUGGCCAGGAAGAAUAGUUUAAACAAGAUAAGAUAAUAUUUCUGUCUCACAUGGAAGAGUCUGCAGCUGGGGAGUUCAGGAUAAACAGCUGCUUAGAACCACAGAGCCCAGUCUUCCCUUUUGGGAUGCCUCUCUGGCAUGCCGCCUCAUGGCCCAAGAUGGCUUCGUGCAGGUCAGCAUUACAUCCCAGCAGCGCUGGAAAAAGGGAGAGAAGAAAGAACACAGCUCCUUCCUUGAAAGGUUUUCCGACCGCUGACAGCUGCCUACACACAUUUCUGAUUGCAUCUCAUCGCCAGAAUGGAGUCACACUUGGCCACACCAAGCCAGGACAGGCAAGGAAACAAUCUCACAAUCUUACCUUUUUGUCAUAUUUUCCAUGUGCAUGCACCUGGGACGUGUGUGUGUGUGUGUGUGUGUGAGAGAGAGAGAGAGAGAGAGAGAGAGGGGGGACAACUUUGGGUGUUGGACCCCACCUCCCACUAUGUUUGAGACAGGGACUCUAAUUUUUCAUUGCGUACACCAGGCUAGCUGGAACCUUCUGGAAUUCUGCCUUCUCCUUAAAGUACAGGAUUACAAAUGCAUGGACUAUGGCUGGCUGGAAUAUGAACUCAGGCCAACAGGUGUGCACAGCAAGUGUUCUAACCACUGGACCACCUCCAAAGCCCGUAGACUUUAUUCCAGGCCAUCACAUCCAAAAUCAGGAUCUUAUAGUAAGGAAGAAGAGUAAUUGGACAUUGGAAGUUUUUCAGAAUACAAUAAACUAGAUCAGCCCGUUAACACCGGGAGGUACACGAUGCUCUUUAUUUAUUUAUUGCACCUUCUAUAUGUCAACAGUCUGGAAAAGCGUGACUAUUCUCUGAUAAAGUUUCACAACGCUGAAAAUAAGGUGGCAGGUGGUACCCUUCCUUCCCAGAAGGAAAGAGAGAAGAAGACACUUCCAAAUUCAUUUAGUGCUCAAUCCCUUAGAGCUGUAGUGCUGAUAUCCUCAGGAGCUUCUGUUUUCCAGCUAAAACACACACAGCACAGCCCCGCCCUCUGACUGGCUCCAGCCUAAACCUGCCACAUCUUUCUGAUGUCCAUAGGAAAAGUUCCUGUAGGUUGAAAAUUCGAUGCUUAGACUGGACCCACCGAGAAUAUACAGAGCAAUCUUUCUAUUUUAAGGUCCCCACCAGCAGUGUAUUUGCAAAGUCCCCAUGCCAUGUAAACGCAUAUUGAGAUAUCUUGGUGAUUAGAGUAUAGACUCUGAGAUAUCUGCAUAGCACAGACUUAAAAUCUCAAGAUGAUGUUUUGAGAAAACACUUGGCACAAUUCACCCACUGAGAUACUCAAGACAAAGAAGAUCAACAUAGGCUUUGGUUUUGGUUUGUUUUACUUUUUAGUUUAUUUUUAUUUUAUAGUGUUUUGCCUGUGCACCACAUACAUGCAGUUCCCUUGGAGGCCAGAGGGGGUGCCUCAGAUCCCUUGAGACUGAACUGCAGUGGCAGUGAGCCACCUUAUGGAUGCUGAGAGUGUAAGCUGGAUCCUCUACAAGAGCAGCCAGAGCUCUUAUCCAUUACUCCAUCUCUCCAGCUCGCUCCUCCACUCACACACACUCUGGUUUUAAUCAUUUUAGAAGGUAAAUCAGUUCCUACCCAAACAAGAAUUCAUUGGUUGAUAGUCCAAGACUUCCUUGCCAUGAAGAAAAUGCCCCUCUUUUCUUUUGACCCAGAAACAGAUGUCUUGUCUUUAGGCCACAUAGCCGUGUGGCCCUCUUUUUUACAUUUGAAGACCAAAUCCAAACUUGGUCUGAGUGAGAUAGUAUCCACUUCAUAACUACAAAUUCAUUUGUAUGAUAGUGAGAGUGGAGGUUUAAAAUUGGACAAUGGAUGUCCCAUACCUUUAAUCCCAGCCCUCGGGAGACAGAGGCAGGUGGUUAUCUGUGAGUUCAAGGCUAGCCUGCUCUGUAGAGUGAGUUCCAGGAUAGCCAGGGCUUGUCUUGACACAAAAUAAAACUGAGCAAUCCAGCCUAGUGUGAUGGUACACACCUGUAAACUUGGCACUUAAAAGACAGAAGCAGGAAGAUCUGGAGUUGAAGGCUAGCCUGGGCUACAUAAACUCUGUCACACAUACACACACAAAACUUGUAUAAUGCUGUAGUGAUGUGUUUGCUUUAUCAAAAUGCUCAAAGCUUUUAAAAGUGCUGACCUAUUAGACUUGCAAUUCCAUUUAAAUGUUCAGGAGAAUUUAAUUGAAUUUGUAAUCGGUGUUUAAGUGAUUUGACUUGUAAAAUUUGUUGUAAAAAUUGUUGAUUUGUUGGCUAUGUGCUUUUGUGUUCCAUUUUGCUUAAGUAGGUUUCUAUUAAAUACUGAAGAAAG